AAAAAGCAAGGCGACGGAGGGUGGGCGCGUGGAGGCGCAGAGACAGCGAAAGUGAGCGUCUCAUAGGGACCUGAGCAACAUGAGCAACAUGUCCAGACUUUUAAACACAGUUAAUGUCCGAUUAAGAAGAGAGUUCAGCUUCUACAGGGGGUUGAGGGGAGUCACGGUGAGGAGUUUAAGCUGGAAAGUGCGGAGAGAAGCUGAGGGCAAAAGUGAUGGAGGUGUAGGAGCUCUGAGGAAGAGGCUGAAGGAUACAGCCGAGACUCUGAUUAUUGGAGGAGGAUGUGUCGGCGUGAGUGUGGCCUAUCACCUGGCCAAAGCCGGACAGAAGGACGUGGUGCUUCUGGAGAAGUCCGAGCUGACUGCUGGAUCUACGUGGCAUGCUGCCGGACUGACGACCUACUACCAUCCAGGGAUCAAUCUAAAGAAGAUUCAUUAUCACAGCAUUAAGCUGUACGAGCAGCUGGAGGCAGAGACAGGCCAGGCAGUGGGCUUCCAUCAGCCAGGAAGCGUGAGGAUUGCCUCGACCCCGGCCCGAGUGGACGAGAUGAAGUACCAGAUGACCCGAACUCACUGGCACCCCACAGCACAGUUCCUCAUCACCCCCGAGAAAGUCCAUGAGCUCUUCCCUCUGCUUAAUAUGGACAAGGUGUUAGCAGGUCUCUACACUCCCGGUGAUGGACACAUCGAUCCCUACUCUCUCACCAUGGCACUCGCCGCUGGAGCUCGGAUGUACGGCGCCCAGAUCUACAGCCCCGCCCCUGUGACCGGUCUUGUCCCCACACCCGAUGGCAGAUGGGAUGUCCAGACACCUCACGGGACCAUUCGGGCCAACCGCAUUGUCAAUGCCACAGGUUUCUGGGCACGAGAACUUGGCCAGCUGAUUGGUCUGGAGCAUCCCACCAUUCCUGUCCAUCACCAGUAUGUGGUCACAGCGACGGUUCCUGAAGUGAAGGCCCUAAAGCAAGAGAUUCCUGUGAUCCGGGACCUGGAGGGUUCAUAUUACUUGCGUCAGGAGAGAGACGGUCUGCUCUUCGGCCCCUAUGAGAAGGAGGAGAAGAUGGUGUUGCAGGAUUCGUGGGUCCGAGAUGGAGUCCCUCCAGGUUUCGGUAAGGAGCUGUUCGAAUCGGACCUGGACCGCAUCAUGGAGCAUGUGGAAAUGGCCAUGGAGAUGGUUCCUGUCCUCAAGCAUGCUGACAUCAUCAACAUCGUGUCCGGACCAAUCACAUACACACCGGAUCUGCUGCCCAUGGUGGGGCCGCAUCAGGGACUCCGUAACUACUGGACUGCCAUCGGAUUUGGGUACGGCAUCAUUCACGCGGGCGGAGUCGGAAAGUUCCUCAGCGACUGGAUCAUGAACGGAGAGCCUGCUUAUGAUCUGAUUGAAUGCGACCCGAACCGCUACGGCAAAUGGACCACCGUACCGUACAUGUGUGCCAAGGCCAGAGAGUCGUACGGGUUUAACAAUGUGGUGGGCUAUCCUAAAGAGGAGCGCUUUGCUGGGCGUCCUACUAGCAGAAUCAGUGGACUCUACGAGCAGCUGAAGGAGAAAUGCUCCAUGGGCUUCCAUGCCGGCUGGGAGCAGCCACAUUACUUCUACAAGCCAGGAGAUGAUGUGGGCUACAAACCCAGUUUCAGAAGAACAAACUGGUUCGGACCCAUCGGACGAGAGUGCAAACUGGUGAUGGAGAAAGUGGGAGUUAUUGAUCUUUCACCGUUUGGCAAGUUCAUGGUCAAAGGAAAGGACGCGCAGAGGCUGCUGGACCGACUGUUUGCUAACACCAUGCCCAAGGUGGGCUUGACUAACAUCAGUCACAUGCUGACACCGAGGGGGCGUGUCUACGCUGAGGUCACCAUUACCCAGGUCGCACCUGGAGAGUUCCUGUUGGUCACUGGCUCAGGGUCCGAACUGCACGAUCUGAGAUGGAUCGAGACAGAAGCAGCUGAUGGCGACUAUGACGUGGACAUCUCUAACGUCACCGAUGGCAUCGGGGUGCUGGGGGUGGCGGGCCCGAACUCUCGCAAAGUCCUGCAGAAACUCACAGACGAAGACCUGAGCGACGGCGCCUUCAAAUUCCUCCACUGCAAGGACAUUCACCUGGCUGGGGUCCCACUACGGGCCAUACGGAUAUCAUAUACAGGUGAGCUUGGCUGGGAGUUGUAUGUGGACAUGCCAAAGCUGUCAGAAGUAUACCAGGCCAUAAUGGAGGCUGGAAAAGAGGAGGGCAUUGAUAACUUCGGCACUUACGCCAUGGCCUCCCUCAGACUGGAAAAGGGCUUCCGAGGCUGGGGAGCUGAGAUGAACUGUGACACUAAUCCUCUCGAGGCUGGUCUGGAUUACUUCAUCAAACUCAACAAGCCUACAGAUUUCAUUGGAAAGAAGGCACUACAGGAAAUCAAGGCUCAGGGACUAACGAGGAAGUUAGCAUAUCUCACAGUAGAUACGGACAAUGUGGACCCUGAGGGCAAUGAGACCAUCUGGCACAAUGGGAAGGUGGUUGGGAACACAACCUCUGGAGCGUACAGCUACUCGAUUCAGCAGAGCCUGGCAUUUGGUUACCUACCCACUGAACUGGCUACUGUUGGUCAGAAAGUAGAGGUGGAGCUCCUGGGCAGGAAGUAUCCAGCUACGGUGGUUCAGGAACCGCUAGUACACACCGAACCCACCAGAACACGUCUGCAGAAGAAGAAGAAGAGCGCAGUGUGAAGCUCGUUUGGGGAAACUGGACCUCAGCUUUGUGACCAGAAAAUAAUUCUUUUCAGUCAUGACGAAUCAUCAAACUGUGGAUCUGUGAAAAAAAGAAAGAUGCAAUUACUUGCAUGUCUUAAAAAAUAUCACUGAGCUGAUUGUGUGGCAUUGAAGUUGGCCCAUUAUUAAAAAGUUUAAAACCAAAAAAAGCAAACCACCCUUCGAUCUUCUGCUCUUUUCACAAUCUCAAAUGCUGAUGAUGUUAAUUAUACGGUCCUACGUGUCAUGUUGUCAAGCUUUUUACUAGAUGUUGUGGCCAAGAAGCCAAACUUAAAAAGGGUUGCGUGUCCGUGAGAUCUGAAGCAGUGAAGUAUGAGAAUGAGACCGUUAUUAUUAUUGUGUCGAAUGAGAAAACUGGAAGCACACAGUGUAAGAGAUCAGCAUCAGUUAGGGGACUUUAAAGAUGGCAAUCAUGUAGUUGUAUGAUUUUGGUUUUUCAAUAGGAUGUCAAUAAGUGACUUUUCGGGUAUUUUCUUUGUCCAUGAUGCCCAAUAAAAAAGUGUUUGGACAAAAUGAUAUAAUAUCACCAAAUCAACCACUAGGUCAGAUAAAUGACAAAAUACUGUGAAAAAAUAUAUACAGUAAAUAUAUUUUAGCCACAGAUUAUUUAUUGCCUCCACAUUGUUCACUUCUUCCACUAUAUGUUGUAAAUCGUUUCUGUUUAUUAAAUCCAAAUCAGUAUUAUAGAACUGUAUUUGUUUACAUGAAUAAUUUAUACCUUUCUUGAUCGAUUAAUAAUAACAUUUGAUUCAGUAGUAAAUAUAAAUUGCCCGUAUAAAUUCUGCCAGGAUAUUAUUUUGGUGCCUCUAGCAAACUGGCCUCAGGUAUUUUUUUUGCCAUUAAAUAAAGGAACCAUUGCUAUGACCGGUCUUACACUAAAGCGUUCCUGUAAAUGUGAACUUUUUCCAGUUUUUGAAUAAACUCAUCAUUACUAAACUUUA